GCCGGUCCGGCGUCCACUCGUUUCCUCCGUGCCUCGCCUCGGUCGCUUCCUCCACCGCCUCCUCCUCCUCCUCCUCCUCCUCCUCCGGUAGCAACAGCUACAAUUUGGGGCCGACCGACGAUGAUCUCCGCAGCACGGCUACGUCGCGGCUUCGAUUUCCUGGUUACCGACGGUUUCCGAUGCGUCAGGAGAUCUGUCUCCUCGAAAAUUGCUUAUCGGAUCUUUUAAUUGAAAUGAUUAGAGUCCGAGACGGGUCCGAGUCCGGAUGUGAAAUAGAAUUGAUUUUGCGUUCUUCCCUCCCACUGUCCCCGCUCGAGAGCAUUUCCCUUUCUUCGCCUCCGUCGUCUUCCUCUGCUCUUCGCCCCGAAGGCGCUCGCCAUGCCCGCCCUCAAGAUCAAGAAAGAUGAAAGACAAAGCAUUGAACAUAUAUUUGAGAAAUUGUCUAAGGAGCUUAAUGAUCAAGUUGAUUUUGAUCUUCCAACAUGGCUGAAGAAAGGGAAACCUGCUCCAUAUAUCAGCAUAAAGCGCAAUUUCUAUCUCACCAAAAGGCGAAUUGAGGAUGAUGGAAUAUUUUGUUCCUGUACUCCAUUAUCAGGAUCAUCGAUUGUCUGUGGUGGAGACUGCCAUUGUGGGGUGCUAUUCUCUUGUUGCACAUCUAGUUGCAAAUGUGGUGAUAAGUGCCUUAACAAAUCUUUUCAAUACAGAGAACAAAAGAAAAUGAAAGUUGUACAGACAGAAAAAUGUGGUUUUGGUUUGGUAUCAGAGGAAGAUAUAAAACAAGGGGACUUUGUGAUUGAGUAUGUUGGAGAAGUUUUGGAUGACAAAGCAUGUGAAGAAAGACUUUGGAAAAUGAAAGAUCGAAGAGAUACCAACUUCUACUUGUGUGAGGUUAAUCAUGAUAUGGUGAUUGAUGCUACAUACAAAGGAAAUAAAUCAAGGUUUAUAAACCACAGUUGCGAGCCUAAUACUGAGAUGCAGAAAUGGAGAGCUGAUGGAGAAACUAGGGUUGGGAUCUUUGCUCGUCGUAACAUAAGGAAAGGCGAGGAAGUGACCUAUGAUUAUCAAUUUGUUCAAUUCGGAGCAGAUCAAGUUUGUUUGUGUGGUACUCCUAGAUGUAGGCAGAAGCUAGGAAAUAAACCCAAAAGUUCAAGUUCAGAUGAUCAAAGAAGGAAAUCCAAGAAUGAGAACUGUAUUGGGGAGCUUGUCCGUGUGUGGCUUCCAAGUGACAAAAGGUAUAUAGGAGGAUUUAUUUCAGAUUUUGAUAAUAUCUCCGGAAAGCACACUAUAAAAUUUGUGGAUGAUCAUGAAGAAGUUCUUGACAUGUCAAAUGAAGAUUGGGAUUUUCUAUAACCAUUUACACACUCUCAUUGCGGAGGAACGUCCAUGGUGGUUGGUUGUAACAUUAGUCAGAUAUCCAUUUGUAUUCCUACAAAGUCGUCAUUUAGGUGCAAUGAUUUGCAGAUUGUGCUAACUAUUCAUUUCUCUCUUGUCUGAUUGAUAAGAACAGAUCUCAUUGAUUAUCUCUCAACAAUGUUUUGAGCUGGUAAAUGGAUGGCUCCAAAUAUUGUCCGAAAUUGUUGUACUAUUAAAUGUUCAACAACUGUAUCCUUUAAUAUAGUGAUGGGUUAAUUCUUUAUC